GCAGCGGUGGUUGUGUGCGCUCGUCCCUUGGAUUCACCACCAGGACCCACACACUCAGCUCCUGUGCCUUGAAAAGUGUUUACUGUGCAAAUAAAAUAAAGCAAAAAAACAAAAAAAAAGGGAGGGGAAAAAAAACUAAGGGAACAAAAACCAUCACAGAAGUGGUUAAAGUGACAAAAACUGAAACUGAAACUGUGCAGCACAUUAUGUGUGUGAGUGUGAGAUAAGGACCUGCCGAGACAUUGGCUCGAAGACUGCGACAAUGGCUACGCCCAAGGCCUAGGCAAGUUGAACGCCCACACAAAAACACACACAGGACGAACAGGACGAACAGGACGACCAGGACUGGCAGCCUGGCAAAUGACUUGUUUUCGGUUCUUAAAUUGUUUUAUUUUUCCCAGCCAUUUGCCUUUGUUAUUUAGCGCAUUGUGGACAUUAUGUGGCCAGGCCCCCCUGCCAUAUGUUGACUCUGUGUUUGUGUGGGUGCUGCGAACAGGGUCCUCUUUAAAUGAAAUAAAAACAAACCAAAACCAUCGACAUCUCUUUAAGCUUAUGGAGGAGAGCCUCAUUACUGGAUGAUGAUGCUGAUGAUAAUGAGCUCUGCGUUCCGACCCCCACACACAUUAUCAUUCACAACUCAUCCGAUUGUCAUUGUCUAUGUCUUCCUGGCAUCACGAGGAGGCAAGAGCGGAAGGAGCAGGAGCAGGAGCUGAGGAGCAGGACCAAAAGAGCUGCAUGCCCAAUCCCCUCGACAUCGUCGUUGUCAUUGCCAUCGCCAUCUCAUCCUGGCUUACGAUUUUGCGCUUGCAUUCAUUUUUAAAAGACGACGGCCCCGAGGGCAUGCUUAUGCAGGUAUGCAGGAUACACGGCUACAGGGACACACUCCAUUGUCUGCAGGACACCGCGGCAACAUCCUCCAAAUCACAGCCUGUGUUCGUGCUGGGGUUCCAUCUCCAUCUUCGUCUUCAUCUCGUCAUGCGCUAAUGGCAAAAGAUCCAAAAAAGAUGAAAGCAUGUGUGGCUUUAUCAAGUGGCAGCUGUGUGCUCGCCUUCGUGGCUUUGAAUGACGGAAAGCUGGCGAGGAUUAGCCGCAAGGACAGUGGUAAGUGGUCGUCGAGUCGAGUCGGGUCGAGUCGAGUUGAGUCGAGUCUGGCAAAUUAUGCAACUUAAUGCGCCCGUUCGCCAAUGUACAUAAUGCAUAAUUAAUUUGGCCCGACAUGCACAACCUGUUGAGCCGCAAAAGCACUCACCUUGGCGCACUUCACUUUACCUCACUUCAGUUCGUUUCCCCCUCCAAUCCAGUUGCCAUUCCAACUGAGCCGCUGCCUCAUUGAAAAGUGGCAUAACGAGCUCUUGUGCCCCGGCUUAAAAGCGCUUACAAAUUGCUACAUGAAAAUGUCUGCCACGGGGCACGGGAGGUAAAGUGGUAAAAGUGGGGAAAGUG